AGUGAAGGUAGUAAGGCCACGUUGAAGUUCAUGGCGCCAUUACUCACUCUUCGACUCUUCAACAUUUCUUCCCGCUCUAGUCUCGUAUCAUUUCAGUCAUCGCUUUCUCAACUUGUGGUCUUUGCUUCCUUCAAAGUAUCAAUAUCACCAAUGGAUCAUCGUAGUGAUGAAAAAACCACCUCAGAUUCCGCUGAUCCAAACAACAACCACCGUUUUUCUGAUCGCAUUCUCCCUCACCUUCUCCGUCUGUAUGGAUCUUGUGCAACAUCUCAAGACUUUGAAAUCUAUGCUCCAAAUGCUUCAUUUGAGGAUCCACUUAUGCGAGCUCAUGGGGUGAAGCAGAUCAAGUCAGCAUUCUAUACUCUUCCCAAGGUAUUUAAGGAGUCAAAGAUUGUGGAAUACAGUGUUGAAGAAAACAUGGUUUCACCAGAAAAAGGAGAGAUAUUAAUUGACAAUAAGCAAUACUAUAAAUUCCUGGGGAAACACAUAGAUAUGGUAUCACUGAUUAAGUUGUAUGUGGAUGACGGUAAAAUUGUUCGCCACGAGGACUGGUGGGACAAGAAGCCAAUAUCAAAUAGAGAAACAGUGAAGGUGCCACUGCUUGGGCGAGCUGCAGAAGUGACUCGUAGGGUAUCAAUGCUGCUAACCCAUUUAUUUAUGGGCUUUGGAAAGGACCCAACAGUCUGAAAAUAACCACAAAAUUCAGUUUAGCCUAUUUUGAUGUACAUGGCCCAGUGUGUUAGACCAAGUCUUUUAUAUAUACCCCUUUUUUCAUCUUUGAUAAUACCAAAAAAAAAAAAUUGUUCAUUGAAGCUUGUAUAGUUUUGGUGGAUGUAAUAUAGAAUAUAGUUUGUAAAUUUACCAUUAUAUAGAUUUGUUCGGAUGUUUCAAGUUCAUUAGUGAAACUUAUCCGCUAAUAAAAUGCGAUAUUAGU